GGGGGGGCCGGGCCCGGCCGGGUUUGGGCACGGGCAGCUUCAGCCCUCGUCGGUCGCGCAGGGGUCAGUCAGGGCUGCUGGGAGCCGUCCGCUGCGGGCAGCCUCGGCUGGGGCAGGAGCCCGGAGGAAACGGGGAGGGCGAAAGGGCAGAGCCGACACCUGAGGGAGCGGCUGGGGAGGCACUCGCCGGCGGAGGGUCUGCCCGGCCAGGCGCAGCCCCGCGCCGCUGCCCUCGGCGUGCCCGGGCGCCUCCCGCUCCCCACUCGGACAUGAACUUGAUUGACAUCCUUUGGAGGCAAGAUAUAGACCUUGGGGCAGGGCGUGAAGUUUUUGACUUUAAUCAACGACAGAAGGAGUAUGAACUCGAGAAGCAGAAGAAACUUGAAAAGGAAAGACAGGAGCAGCUCCAAAAAGAGCAGGAGAAAGCCCUGCUGGCUCAGCUGGAGCUAGACGAGGAGACAGGUGAAUUUGUUCCUGCUCAGCCAGCUCAGCACAUUCAGCCAGAGAAUACUGAACCUCCAGUCAGUUUUUCACAGACCACACAGAGUUCAAAACCAGAAGCAGAGGCCUUCUCCUUUGAUGACUGCAUGCAGCUCUUGGCAGAAGCAUUCCCAUUUAUAGAUGACAAUGAGUCUUCUUCACCUGAAUUUCAGUCACUGGUUCCUGCUCAGAUCAAUCAAGACCAAAUCUUGAUCUCUUCUGAUGAAACUCAGCCACCUGAAUCGCCUGUUCUAGAUCCAGUAACUGAUGUGGAGAACAUGCAGAACAUAGAUCAAGUCUGGGAAGAAUUAUUGUCCCUUACAGAGUUACAGUGUCUUAACAUUGAAAAUGAUAACCUGGCUGAGGUAAGCACAAUCACAAGCCCUGAAACCAAGUCAACAGAGAUGCACAACUACAAUUACUACAGCUCAUUACCCACAAUGAGGAAGGACGUUAACUGUGGUCCAGAGUUCCUGGAUAGCAUUGAGGGGCCCUUUUCUGGCAUUUUACCAGCAGAAGACACCAGCCAGCUGAGCGUAAGCUCUUUAAAUGACAUGUCCCCCUCCAACUCUGAUUUCUGUGAGGAUUUCUACACCACCUUUAUCGACACAAAGGCAAACGGUGACACAGCAAUGACAAACACUGUCAGACAAUCACUUGCAGAGAUUCUAAGUGAACCUAUUGAUCUUUCUGAUUUCUCACUGUGUAAAGCUUUUAACAGCAAUCACUCAGGAACUGGACCAGAAUGCAAUGAUUCUGACUCAGGUAUUUCAUUGAAUGCAAGUUCUAGCAUAGCAUCGCCUGACCAGUCUGUGGAAUCAUCUGCCUACAGAGAUAAGAUUUUUGGCUAUAGUGACUCUGAAAUGGAAGACAUGGAUAGCGGUCCUGGAAGUGUGCCGCAGAGCAAUGCUAGCAUGUACUCGCUGCAGUUCAAGGAUCAAGUGUUCUCUUCCAUGGGGCCAAGCACUGAAACACCAAGUUUGCAGGGUACGAACACAAAAAAGAAGGAACCCCCUGCCAGCCCUGGCCACCCCAAAGCUCCCUUCACAAAGGAUAAAUCUUCAAGCCGCCUCGAAGCUCAUCUCACACGAGAUGAGCAAAGAGCAAAGGCUCUGCAGAUCCCUUUUCCUGUAGAAAAAAUCAUCAAUCUCCCUGUUGAUGACUUCAAUAAAAUGAUGUCUAAGGAGCAGUUCAGUGAAGCCCAACUUGCGCUCAUCCGAGAUAUACGCAGAAGAGGCAAGAACAAAGUGGCUGCUCAGAACUGCCGUAAAAGAAAACUGGAAAACAUAGUGGGACUGGAGCAAGACUUGAAUAACCUGAAGGAUGAGAAAGAGAAAUUGCUUAAGGAGAAAGGAGAGCACGACAAGAGCCUUCGUCAAAUGAAAAAGCAGCUGACCACCUUAUACCUUGAGGUCUUCAGCAUGCUCCGUGAUGAAGAUGGCAAGUCUUACUCUCCUAAUGAAUAUUCUCUGCAGCAAACCAGAGAUGGCAAUGUCUUCCUUAUUCCUAAGGGCAAGAAGUCAGAGACUAAGCUCUGAAGGGCAGCACAGCUGGCUACUGCUCUCAGAGCUCUUAUUUUUGUAUCAUCCUCCUGAUAGUUUUUACUGUGAGGUGGAAUGCAGAAUUAGGUAAUAUUUUUUCAAGUAAUUCUAUGCAAUGAUGAUUUAAAAGUUAAUGAUUAGUUCACGGAAGAUGCAGGUUUAAAACUAACAGUGUAACGCAGAUGGAGGUAUGCAAGAUUUGUAAUCUCACUUUUAUAACAGACAUUUCGUUCUUAUAGCACCACUUUGACUAGUUUCCAUAUAUAUGUAAAUAUUUAAAGAUACCAUAUUUAUAUACUGUUCCUAUCUCUUGUUACAUUCAUAGAUUGAUUUGAUUUAUAUAUAUAAAAGUUAUUUUAGCCUUCUAAAUAUAAUUUCUGGUAAGACAAGCAGCAUGGUUUCUGAUCCUUUUGUAUAAACAUGCAGUAGGGCUUGUUUCUCAUUUUUCUUGCACAUUUAUACUUGCUGAAUAUUUAAUAUGAUUUUAAUAUAGUAUAAAAGUUGAUACUCAAAGUUUGAUUUUGAUUUAUCAGCUCAUUAAACUUUUUUUUUUUAACUCUACUUCAUGCACAUUUAUUUCCCUAACAAAGGGAAUUCCCCCCUAGUUUUCCAAGGCUUAAGUCUUCAGGCAACAAAUGUACUUAAUAACCAGGGAGAUGUAUUGCACAGCACUGUUAGCAUUACUAAUGCCUUGUUCAGCUUAGUUCUAACUGCCCUUUGGAAGGAUUGUGUAGCAGAGUUUUGCGUUAUACUAGGUUUAUGUCAUGUGUUUUGCCCUUUGAACACUACCUAAAUUCGUGAUCUUUCCUCCAAAACCAUUUAAAACCUGUGAAUUCGGUCACUGGCAGCAUUAAGCGUUUUCCUGUCUUAAGAUUCCAUACACUCCUGGGAAACUGUUCUGAAUGUGCACUGUGCAGCUCUGAAGGGGGCUGCCUCGGGUCAGAGUUGGUGACUCCCAUUGCAUCAGAGCACAUAGAAGGUGGUGCAGCAGUGGCCAACCAAUGCUGCUGCCUGCAACCUGUGCUCCGGUAAUGGGAAGGUGAUGUGAGCUUAAAUUAUGAUCUCUAAGAGAGUAACAAGCUUGAGGAUCACUGGCAUUGUGUUGUUUGCUCCUCACAUAGACUCAUACUUGAUCACUGUGGAUUUUCUGAAUGCAGGAAAUGCAUCAUUUGUAAUUUGAAAUCCACAUGUAGAUCUGAACGUUAAAAACCUCAGCAUCUUCCCUCUGAAACUUACAGAAGGUGUAUUUCAUCUGAGCUUUUCCUCUGGCACUGAUGCUUUAUAUAACUUUCAGAAUCUUUUGUCUAUAACAAUAUUAUGCAUAACUUCAUUUAGUACAAUAAACACCAAAUUUUGCAACA